AGUCGGCGGGGACUGAAUGGCUGAUGCCGACAGAACAUAAGCAUUCAUCUCUGAACAGAUGAGGCAAUUGACCUAAAAUUGAAAGCGAGUUUAAUCGGUUAUUCCUUGACUGCUGGAGAAACAUGCUGGACCUACUUUCAAUGUGCGACCUAAUAUCUGUCUCUCGACCCGGAGCUUUCAAGAGGUGGUGUAAACCCCACAGCGAUUUCAUCUUAAUACUUAACCAACUUUAUGAAUUAGUCCUCGCCAGAUUAACGAUCAAGGAAGAUAUUCCAGGACCCUUCCCUCAGAUCCCAAGUCUUAGGACGCUUCACGUGGGCCUAGCAUAUCACUGGGGAAAGGAAUGUCCCCUGCUUGAUGGAGCUGCUAUUCUCGAAUGCCUACAUUCUGUCAGCAGGACAACCGAGGUGCUUUCAUUUUAUUUAAAUUACUACCCAGCCAGCCUUGGAGAAUACUAUUUUCACGAGGCUGACGCCAUACACAAGGGGCCCUUUCGAUACUUCCUCCUGCAAUUUCCUAGACUUCGGUCUAUGGACGUGCCCAUUACCAUGCUCUUGGACACAGCUCCAACGACAACGGUUGAUAUUCGCACGCUCUUACCUAAUAUCAUACAGUAUUUAUGUUUGCAAUAGGAAUUUUCAGGGGCCAUGGGACAAUAUUUCUAGGAUAACGAGGGCGAGCUUCUGGGCUUUGUUCAUCAACUGCUGUCCGCAUCUGGGAUAGAAUGGAAGAGAAAUAUUAUCUUCAGGAGCAAGCAAACGUGACGGAACUCCGCAAACAGACGGAAAUUGACCUGGCAGUUAUGUUUGAUGAACUAUCCCCAGGCUUAUGAACGUAAUGUUCUGCUUGA